AUGCUGAUGUUCAGCUCAGGGGCUCGCGCUCGCCUGGCAUGGCGACAGUCGAGUCAAGACAACCAUAAUUGCACCACCAACGAAGGAGUGGGAGAAUGCAUCCCCAAGGCAAACUGCCCAGGUGUAUCUACUGCUGGAAUAUGUGAUCCUGGAACAGAUAAUAUUGAAUGCUGCCUUGUUCGUGUUUGCAAUGUGCCCCAAGGCCAUGGUGUGUGCAGAAGCAUGCGAAAUAAUGGAUGUGAGGAUGGCAAGUUCUUUCCUGGAACUGGCAAGCCAUGGCCAUGCCCAGGUCCAAAUGACAUCAGUUGCUGUGUCAAAUUCACCGACAUGAAUAACGGCACAAGCACCGCAACGUCAGUGUCCAUGACAUCUUUAACCUUUACAACCUCCCAGACUACUUCACCAAGCACAUCCUCCGCAACCUCUUCAAGCGUACCGGUACCACCUCGUACCGGUUUAAGUGGUGCCCAAAUCGGUGGAAUAGCAGCUGGAUGUGCUGUUUUUGCUCUAUUGAUCAUUUUGGGAGCUACAUACUUCUUCAGGCGCCGCAACGUAGCGGGUUCCAAACAAGAAAAGCCGGAUACAUCCGAUAGCGGGAUUUCAGAGAUGCCAGAUUCCGCUGGAGUUGCUCCUCGUGCGCCAAAGGCAGCAGUCUUUAGUGAACUAGACAGCAAUGAAGCGAAGAUUGAUAAAAGCGCUGCUGUGAACCGGGCCCGAGAACUGGAUUCAACUCCCAUUUCAUCGCCCGUCGAGCUCGAUUCGUCUCCUAUCGAACCAAAGGAAGCAAGGGUUUAA